GCGACAUUUAAAAGCACACAAUGCGCUCGAGCUGCUGAACCUUUUCACAACGGUUAACGGCAUGAGAAUAACGAGAGAUUAGAAAAAAUGGACCGCCAUCCCAAACGAAGAGCUAAAAUGGCACUACGGAAAGGUGAACAGAGUAAAGCUGGUAACAAAAAAGAAGACCAUAAAUACAGUAAAUGUAAGUCCAAUAAAGUCGAGGGUAAAAAGCAGCCGAUUGUCAAAGUGAGCAGUGAGGGCCUAAACCUCACCUCUUCUACCUCAGAAGCAGUUAAUACAGUGGAAGCUUCUAUUAGCAGUACAGCAGCAGAAUGGGAGCAAUUGCAAAAAGCAAAGAACAAUAAUAAAAAUGGUUACAUCAAGAGGCCUAUGAAUGCCUUCAUGAUUUGGGCCAGGAUUCAACGGCCUGCUCUGACCAAGCUCAACCCAACAAUGAGCAAUGUUGACGUCAGCGUUCAGCUCGGGAUCCAGUGGAGUAAGCUGACUGAAGAACAGAAAAUGCCAUACUACGAGGAGGCUCGCACACUUGAAAAGAAACACAGACAGGAAUUUCCUGGUUGGGUCUACAAGCCAGGGAGGAAGAUUAGAAGCCCAGUUUCAACUUCAGGAAUGACCUUCCAGGCCCCAGCCACCUCAGCUCUGGCACAGCCUCAAAGUCCUGCCCUUCAUCACAACCCCGAGACAUUUUUUACAAACGAGGACUUUCAAACCAAUCCCAAAUUAUCUGGUGACUUGCUGACAAUAACCACACAGAAUAGACCUGCCCCACAGCCAAACCCAAACACAGUCGUGGACGAAAUAAAAGAAAAAUCACCUAGUGGUCUGAUGUCAGGAUCUAGAGGCCAAUUACUUGGGAUUUCUCAACUAUGGCCAAUAACUACACUGCAUCCCUGUGGCAUCAUUUCAGCCCCAACUUCUUAUCUUUACCCACUGGUCUGGAUGCCUGAUCCUUAUUUUCUCCAACCAAGGACCUUCCAUUCUUUAAACUACACACCUUACAUGGCUGAUCUAUCUGGGCUCAAUGAUGUCUCUGUGCAAAAGGAGGAGGCUGCUUUUUUCAGGCUAUAUUAGUAAUACAGAAGUUCCUUUAUUAGGUCGACAUUCCUGGAAUGCUAAAGAAUGUUUGAAAAGUACUUUAAUGUAGGCAUAAUUCGUUACCAAAACCCAAAAUGUUGAAAUAAAAUUGUUGAAGUAAAA